AUGCCGUUUUUGGUCCACGCACAUGACCACCACGACAAUGGUGGUGCAAACGCAGACGGCGAACUCGACGCACUCAUUAUUGUACAUAUCGCCCUGCAAUUCGUUGUUUGGUGUAUAAUGUUCCCCAUUGGACUCAUCUUUGGCUUCACCAGAGCGAGAUGGCAUGUCCCAUUACAGGCAACAGGAUUCGUAUUGACAAUCGGAGGCUAUAUACUUGGACACACGCAUGGAGGUCGCACAUUUCCGGCAUCUCUUCACGGGAAACUCGCCUCCUAUAUCGAAAUUGCCAUCGCCUCACAGAUUCUCCUUGGCACGUAUCUCAAACUCCACAUUCACGAGGGUACAGCUUUCCGCAAAUGGAUGGUUCUUGCUCAUCGUAUCGUUGGGCUGAGCUACCCCGCAUUUGGGUGGACUCAGGCUUUGUUUGGCGUGCUCGUACUUGGCGGCGUAUGUCCAUUAGAUGAUAAGGCGACGCGUGCAACAGUCCUUACAUGUGCGGAACCGUUUAUCACUGGCUCAGCCCUGAUACAAUACGGAUUCUACGCGUUUCUUCUGUCGCUCGCGGUACCACGCUGGAGAGAUCAGAGUCCAGAGACGUGGGAUAGUCUUAUUUUGUGCAUUUCAGGCAUCAUGUGUGGCGUCUUCAACUUUUGGCGCCUUGGGGCGAUAUGGAUCGGAUUCAUAUGGUGUAUAGGUGGAAUCAUCUCCUUCGUACUUUCGCGCAAUGGUAGACGGACCACAGUUCCUGCAAUUGUGGUGAUUAUCACAGGACUCGUGCAAAUGCUUCAGCCAAAGGAAAAAGGGGCAUUUAUCAUCUUCUUUUCAUUCGGGGCGAUUCUUACGGUAGCGGGUCUUGUGCGCAUGCUGGAGGUAUAUGCCAUCGGCAUCAUUGAUAAAGGUAUUAUUUCAGCUAUCUUUAUCUCAUCGGGAAUCGUAUAUAUUAGCUCGAGCAAUGACUUGCGUGUGGCGUGGGGUAUUGUGGAGCUAUAUCCACUCUUCUAUUUCAUCUUUAUCGGCGGGGUUACAAUGGGUCUUGGCACAUGUCUUGCCUUCCUCGGUCAUUUAUACCGUACUACUGGUCGAAACGCGCACAAGGCUGGCUAUGCACCCACUCCUUAUCAUCCUCUCGACCGCCAUGAUCAUCAACGUCAAGAAGGGCGUUCAGAACCGAUUGAUGAAAGUGUCAAGUUUGUCGUCGCAGAGUCUGAUGACGAAGAUGAGGCGAUCCUCGGUCAAGGCCAUGCAAGAGCAGUGGAUGCAUAUCAGCUUGGAGUUGCACUGAGGGAUAUUGAUGACGAUGAUGACGAUGAAAUAAGGAAAUAG